ACGAAAAAUGAACCGAAAUUUUCUCGGCCAUAGACAUCGAAGCAAAGCAGCCGCGCCUGCGCGCGCUUGUGUGGCCAAAAGAGCAGGGCUGGUGGGUAGACUGUCGGCGAGCCGGAGGAGCUAAGCCAUGCCCCCCAUGUCAGUGUCGGCCGUCCUGCCGCCGCCGCCGGCACCUUCUCCUCCAGCCGCGAUCACCAAGAGCUUGCCGCGCCGCGCGCCGGCGAGACUGGCCUCGGCGGCCACCGCCUCGGCUAGUGCGUUGCUGGCCGUGACCCCGCCGGCCGCGCGCGCCGCGACGUUCUCCACGGAGGAUGUCGCCGGAUCGCUCACCAAGGUGGUGGACACGGUGGACCAGGUCAUCGGCGUGGGCGGCAAGGUCGCGGAGCUGUCCGUGACAGUGCUCAGGGCGCUGGGCGAGGCCGCGAAGCCGGCGCUGCCGGUGCUGCAGAGCGCGGGCGAGCAGGCCCUGAAGCUCGCCUCGCCGGCGGUCUCCGACGCCUCCAGGCAGGCCACGGCGGCGCUCCAGGGCGCCGGCGUCGACCCCGCCCCCGUCCUCUCUGCCGCCAAGACCUUCGCCGACGCGGCGCAGCAGGGCGGCAAGGUCGUUGACGCCGCGAAGCCGGUCGCGUCGGCGGCGGUGGAGACCAUCGUGUCCUUCGGGGCCGCGGACUACGUCGUGGCCGCCGGUGCCGCGUUGCUCGCCUACCUGCUCCUGCCGCCGGCCUUGUCACUGGUCUCGUACAGCCUACGAGGCUACAAAGGUGACCUGAGCCCAGCUCAAGUUCUCGACAUGGUCACUUCUCAAGGUUACCUGCUCGUCGACGUGCGGAGCGAGAAGGACAAGGGCAAGGCCGGCGUGCCACAGCUCCCCUCGAACGCAAAGAACAAGCUCAUCUCUUUGCCGCUGGAAGAGCUUCCGAAAAAGAUAAAGGACAUGGUGCGCAACGCGAGGCGAACCGAGGCGGAGAUCGCCGCGCUGAAGAUCUCCUACCUCAAGAGGGUCGGCAAGGGUUCCAACAUCGUCGUCAUGGACUCGUACUGUGACAAUGCAAAGAUUGUGGCGAGGACACUGAACAGCGUAGGGUUCAACAACUGCUGGGUCAUGGCCGGCGGCUUCUCCGGCGGGAAAGGGUGGGCGCAAAGCCGCCUCGGGACGGACUCCUACAACCUCUCCGUCGUCGAAGUCGUGAAGCCAUCGCGCAUAAUCCCUGCAUCCGCUGGUCGGUUUGUGACGGCUUCGUCGACCUCGACAACCUCCGGGACGAAUCGCAAGCUUCUUCCUGGCAGUGUGGACGGCUGAGAGAAGCUGGCGGAGCGCUGUAGAAAUCCCAUAUCCAUUUAUUCCCAGUUCCAACUCUUGUUCUGUAUAUAUACAUUCAGUUCUUCUGUAACCUGUACAAUUUUAGUACUGUAUGAGUCCUUUGUCAAUUUUCUUCUCAUUUUUUGACAAAAUAGGGUGGGAAAAACCACUGUUUCAUUUUA